AUGUCAAAUUUCAUAAAAAAACCAGUAGAACGCCCUUCUGAAUUUUGUCAGAGGAAUCCACGGCAGGUCUCUGACAGAACAUUUUUCAUUGAUGCUUCUAAUCAGAAUUUUACUACAAUUCCCUUGGAGAUAUUAAUAUUAAAAGAAUUGGAAGAAGUGCAUCUGGAAAAUAACCAGAUUGAAGAAAUUCCCCAGGGUAUCCAACAUUUAAAGAAUGUCAGAAUCCUUUAUCUCAACAAGAACAAGCUGAGGAAGCUGUGUCCACAGCUGGGGAAACUGAGAAGCCUGGAGGGCUUGGAUCUGAGUCACAAUCCCCUCCAGUCCACCUCCUUGCAGGUCCUCAGCAACCUUGGCACCUUGAGGGAGCUCCGGCUUUACCACAUUGACCUGAAGGAGUUCCCCACCAUCAUCUGCAAAUACCUUCACCACCUUGAGCUGUUGGGACUAAGUGGAAACUCUCUGAAAGCCCUGCCCCACGAAAUAGUAAACCAAACCAAGCUCAGGGAGAUCUACCUGAAACAAAACCAAUUUGAAGUUUUCCCUGGGGAGCUCUGUUACCUCUCCAAUCUGGAGAUCAUUGACUUGGAUGAGAACAAGCUAACUAUCAUCCCAGAAGAGAUUGGAAACCUAAAUAGUCUGAAGAAGUUCUUUGUGGCUCGGAACAGCCUGCCUUUUCUACCGGAGUCUCUGAGUAGAUGCAGGCGCUUGUCAGUGUUGGAUUUUUCCCACAACCGCCUCCAUUCCAUUCCGCGUUGCUUCGUUGAGCUCUUGGAGAUGACGGAGAUCUCACUGAAUGGGAACCACCUGGAGAAGCUGCCGCACUUCUUGGGCAAGUGGACCUCGCUGCACCUGCUCUACGUGAACAGCAACAGUCUGCGGACACUACCGCACUCCUUCCAGCGGCUGUGCAACCUGCGCUUCCUGGACGUCAGCCGGAACCUGCUGGAACGUUGUCCCGAGCUGAUCUGUACUCUGCAGAACCUGGAGGUCUUGGCUCUGGAUGAUAACAAACUGCGGCAGUUACCUUCAGACUUUGGCUCACUUUCAAAACUGAAGAUUCUUGGACUUACUGGAAAUCAGUUCCUUUCAUUUCCAGAAGAAAUCUUUUCCUUAGAGUCCUUAGAGAAAUUGUACCUUGGGCAAGAUCAGGGAGUCAAACUCACCUGUAUACCAGAGAAGAUUGGAAAACUACAGAAUCUUGAAGAACUGUAUGUAGAAAACAAUUGUCUGGAGUCUCUGCCUGUGUCCUUGGGAUCAAUGCCCAACCUGAAAAUCCUUAAUUGCCGCCACAAUUUGCUUAGGAAACUUCCAAAUUCCAUUUGCUAUGCACAAGCUUUGAAAGAAUUACUUCUUGAUGACAACAAGAUCACGCAUCUUCCAGAGAAUUUGGAUUCUCUAGUGAAUUUGAAAGCUCUGACACUGCUGGACAACCCCAUGGAAGAACCCCCACUGGAAGUGUGCAGCAAGGGCAAUGAGGCCAUCUGGGCAUAUCUUAAGGAAACAAGAGAGAAGAACAAGAUGGCAACAAAGAUUCAGGCAUGGUGGCGUGGAUUAAUGGUACGGAAAGGGCUUGGACCAUAUGAAGAACUAAAAUCACGAAAGAAAGGAAGGAGUUCUCCGAAAGAUAAGAAAGGAAAGAAGAAUGAAAAAGCAGCACCUGUAAAGAAGAAAAAAUAAUUUAGGUUAAUGAAUUGAGGUAAUGAACUCUGAUUGAUUAAAAGGGCAAAAGGCUAUGAAUUAGCUGUCU